UGACAAUAGACAUGAAGAUUUAUUCCUCAAAAUGGUUAUUGUUUCUCUGAUUUAAAUAUAACUAUCUUAAAAAUGAAUUAAAACAUUUCCAUAGUGCGUUAUACGUUUAACCCACGUGUUAAUCUAAACGGCAAGAUGAACGGCCACAUGAAAGAGGCUUUUAGCCGAAUGAAACCAUUAUGUGACUUAAUUAUGGUGAACCCUUCACCAGAGCAUAUAUCAACAUUUGCGGCAAUGGUUUGCGAAUUGAAAAAAGAUUUAUUGCAGGAACUACAACAGUAUAUGCUGUUUCCUUUCAUAACUCACAUACAGUCUAAAGAGAUUGUAGGAAAAUAUGAAUUACAAAGGCUUUUGAUAGAUGGAAUGAAGGUUGUGCUACAAAGAGUUCGAAUAUUUAGUUUUGAAAUGUGUAUGAAAAUUGAAAUGGGACUCCUUGGUCUUGUAUUUGAAAAACCCAAACCGGGAAUGAUUGCUGAUGUUCCGGAGGAAUUGAAACUCAGUGUAAUUCAGUGCUUAACGAUGUUAAUGCUGAAUGUGGACCAUCCCACACGGGUGAAAUUGGUACAAACACAGGUGCCAAUGCUGGCCCAAGCUAUUUUUGUAUCGGUUCAUUUGGCUAAACUUGAAAAACUACGUGUUUUAAGAUUGGCUGCUAUAAACUGUCUUUGCGCGCACACAGCUUCACACCCACAGCUCACUGAUAAAGACUGUCAUAUAACCGAUCCGGUGCUAGAGACAGCUGUUGUGAAUAUGAUGUCAUGCAUUUUGCCGGGGGUGAUGGCAGCUUUGCAGGAUGUCGCCACUUGCACCGAUAACCCCGGACAUGCUAUUGUUGUGGCGGCCCUUAACGCUACACAUCGUGUGCUUUGUCUAACAAUGCACAACAAACACUUGCCCAAGAAGGAUAAUAUAACAGCCGACGACUUUGUCAGUAUGUUGUCAGAUAGGGCCAUGACAGACAAAGAUGUAAGCAGUAAGGGAUUAGCACCCAAAGACAUACCAAAGCGCACCCCCGAGUGGUACGCCAUGGCGGGCGACAAGUUGACCAUGGUGGUGAAGAGCCUGGUGCCGCUCGUCACUCACGAGCACUACAAAGUUAGGAAGGAGCUCGCGGUUCUCUGCUACAGGAUCGUUUCUGAAUGUAGCUCAACAAUGCAGCUCUCGUUAACAAUGGCUCUCGACGUUUUGAUAUCUUUGUCAAACGACCCAUAUAAGGAAGUCUCGGAGUACGCCUCGAACGCCAUCAACUCCUUCUUCAGCUCCCAAUCUGAAACAAGCAAGACGGAGGCGAUCGAUAGUAUGUGCGAGAACUUUUUUACGACGCUCAACUGUUUGCCGAGAAUAUUAAAUAAUAUAGACUCGAACAGGAAGCUGUCUGCGCUGUACCUGCUGCUGGGCUACCUACGCGUGCUGUGCGGCGGACGACCGCAGAGACUGACCGGCGCGCUCUGCGCCAGUGACGGCUACGACAGACUGUGUGAUGCGCUGCUCUGUGCCGCCUCGCACCACUCGCGACACGACCUGCUCGUGCGCCACUCCGCGCGCGAUAUAUCUUCUCCAAUCCCCUCGGACGGCCCGUGGCGCCGCCUGCGACACCUGGACACGCGGGAGUGUGAGUUGAAGCUCCAGGAAAUCUGCCAGAAGCUAGGCGAGGCCGAAUGCGCCGAGCUAUUCCUCGACAGACUCCUGGAACUAUUCUACGAGCGUCGGACCUGCGAACUCGUCUACGUCAUCAAUUUCGUCGGUUCAGCUCCAAACUCGUCGGCGCAGCUGGCGAAGCGCAUAAUAUCGGCGUACACGGAGGAGGACGUGUGGUACCGGCCGCUCGAGCUGGGCGACGGCGAGCCGCCCGCGCGCGACACGCUGGACCGCGACGUGUACGACCCGCGCGCCUGGACGCGCGACUGCGUGCCCGGUCUCUUCGAAGGAGCGACAGAAACUCGAUACACAGAUAUUAGCCUCUGUCAUCCGAGGAUGAAGUACGUGGAGCCUAACACGUGUGCGUCACUCUCGGACGCGCAACGGAACAUGGCCUUCUGCUGUCUCGUCACUGAGGGCCUGGGACUCAUGGCCAGGCGGCUCAAGCGGGAAUAUCAACCAUACUUGCUGAAGACGCUAUGUCUGAUAUUGGAGCGAGUUGGCAGUCAAUAUCAAUAUCUCCACGAAGCCGGUUUAAUGGCCAUCAACAAUGUCGCCUUCGCCUUCGAUCACGAGAAAGUUGCGGAUCUGAUUGCUGAAAAUGCGGACUAUUUCACGAGUCAAAUCACUUCUCGACUCAAAAGGGCGUGGAAUACGGAGUCGGCUCUGCAAAUACUGUCGGUCGUGAUGGAGUACAGCGACCAGAGUAUACUGGACUGCCUCUACGGAAUUGUUGAGGACGUUCUGGUACAGAGCUGUGACGAAUACUACGACAGUUAUUUGUCUUCAUAUUUACAAGUCUUCGAAACAUUCAUAAAGUGCAUUAGGAAUUGGUUCCCUGACGAGAUUAAGCCUCAACCGUUUCAAGGGCUCGAUUUAGAGUACAUCGAUGUCAUCAAGGAGACCAUAGACUUCGCAAAUAAUACCGAGGAAGUGGAGAGAUUGAUGAAUACGGAGGAGUUCGAGGAGCGGGCCGGGCGGACCGUCGAGGAGAUGUAUCAAGAAGACUUAAAGAGGAGAGAGGAGGAUAUUCUGGACUACGACGAUACCGUCGAAUACGGAAGCGAGGUGGACCCGCAGUACAUCCAGGUGACGGUGACGAUCCUGAAGCGCUGCGUGCACUUCGUGUCGUCGGCGCCGCCCACGUCGCUGCAGGCGCUGCGCGUGCUGGCGAGCGGGCUGCCGGCGCUGCGCGCGCGCGAGCACGCGCUGCUGCCGCUGGCGCACGCGCUGUGGCCCGCGCUGGCGGCGCGCGUGCGCGACGGCGGGCCGGCCGCGCUGCGCGCCGCGCUGUCCGUGCUGCUGGCGCUGUCCGCGCUCGCCCGGGACUUCAUCCGCGCGCGCGCCGUGCGCGACGUGCUGCCGCACCUCUACAAGUACCUCCGGAGGAGCGCCAACGACAGCCAUCUCAAGGACACCGGCUCCGCCUACCGCAUCUCGCAGGCCUACUACUUGCAGGUGGCGAUCAUGACCUCGAUGUCGAAUUUCGUGAUCGACCUGAUGCUGGACGGGGAGCAUCUGGACGACGCCAUGUCCUGCGCUCAAAUAUAUCUGUCGAAGAACCAACCGAAGCCCCUGCAGAUGCUUGCCGUGAAAUUUUUCAAAGACAUUCUAAACUACAACUACGGUGCCGCCUGGAACCAUCUGCGCAAGCUCUGCGCGAACGACUGCGUCCUCCGUCCCCCCCAUACCAAGUACAUCCGACUGGAGCCGGUCGUAGGAACGCCAUACGAGACGAUCAACACUAACUACGAUACAAAUAUCAAAUUAAUAUUCUAUGUGCAUAAAUAAUUUAAAUAUCAUAAACUGUAGUUUGUUCUUGAUAAGUGUCAUGGUAUUAAUUUAUAUGCGAUAACUUUAGGCGAUUGAUGUGCUUGUAAACACGUUCCAUUCAAUGGUCGUCGCUUCUUGGCUGUUAUUAUGUAGUUUUUUUUUAUAUUCCAAUCCUUUUUUACAUAAAUUAAGGACGAUCUCAUUAAAAACAUACAUUCUGUCGAAGUACAUGCCAAAACGCAUAAUAAAUGUUUGAAACAUUGCGCAAAUGUAGAAUAAAUAGUAUUAGAUUAUUGUAAUUUCGAAUAAAAUUAAAUGUUAUGUUAUAUACCAUUUAAGAUCUACUAGACGUGUAAACGAUGUUUUGGUUCGUGUAAAGAUUUAAAUGUGAAAUAAUAUUAGAAGUAUUUUCAUAUUGUGUUAAGUAUUGAAACCAAGUUUGUCUAAGAAUUUCUCAAGGUCUAUAAAAAGCCUAAAAUAAUUUUCUAUUAGAGUUAUCACGCAUACAUUACAUAUGUAUUUGAUUUCUGAUAAGAUAUAUGAGUAUAUAUUUUGGAAGGUGUGUAAAUAAAAGACGAUAUUGGCAGUA